GCUUGUAUACUCUGACACAUUGCCCCCAAGAAAAAUCCAAACAAAUAGAAUAUUGCCGUCUGAGUUUCCCCUUCCUAUUUAUCCUGCGGCGGCGUCUAGAUCAUGAUUCUUUCCCGGAACUGAAUUAAAAAAAAAAACAAAACAAAUGGCUGUUUCUUCUCUGGAGAUUGUUAAGUUAUGUGGAUACUCUCCUGUAUCAUCGAUUUCCCGCCAUAAAUCUACAGUGAAACUGGAAACUAGAAAAAGGGUUUUCAGAUUAGCAGAUUCUCGGCAUCUUGGUCGAUGUGUUAAGGUUUAUUCAUCAUCUCCUCGUAACGGCGGCGAUAAUCAGUCAAAAGGUGAUGAGCCUCCAGAAUCUUUAUUUAUGAAAGAGUUGAAGAGACGAGGUAUGACUCCUACUUCGUUGCUUCAAGACUAUGAAGUUGAUGUAGACGAGAUCAAAGCCACUGGUAAAGAAAGCUCUAAGACGACUGCAACUACUACUCCUCCAUUUGACCAAAGCUUGUUAAACCAGAGAGAGAGGUCGUUGGCUUUAAACAGCGAAGGGCUUGAGGGAUUGAUUCCACGUGCUAAGAUCUUGCUGACGACUGGAGGGACUUUCUUCCUGGGUUUUUGGCCUUUGAUUGUCUUAACUCUUGGCGCCUUCUCUGCUCUUUACCUUUACUUUGGAGCAGAUUUCGUUCAUGAUGGAAGCAGGAAUCCGGUUUCGCCACCACCGUACAUCGAUCCUUAUGCUCUGUUGGAGGAUGAGAGGAUAUCUGGGACAGGGGCGUCCCUGAGAUGCUGGAGGCCUAAAACAAUUUAUCCGCUGUGCCCAGGACCGCCCCUGAUCUGGGAUCAAUUCUCGUCUUAAUUAGCAUCUCCACCUGUGUGUUCUUUCUCAAGUAGCAGUUGAUAAUGUGAUAUAUUGUUGCUCUCAAGUAUAUAUUUUACUUCAUCUGCGCUCUUUAUCACGGCUGUAUUGUAAAAAAAUGUUGCUUCUCUAUUCUUGCAACUUUAAAAAAGGUUCACCAGAAAGUAGAAAAGUUCCGAACUUUCGCCA